GUGCUCCGCGCCCCCGUCGUUCCCUCGGUGAUGUCCUGGGUUCCAAAAGCUCCUCCGGCCCCGGGUGGUGGAGAGGAGGGGGAGGUGUUUGACGAAGAAGCAGAUGAGUCGCUUCUGGUGCAGCGGGAAUGGCGGACCCAGAUGCAGAGACGAGUCAAAGAAGGCUAUAGAGAUGGACUAGAGGCUGGCAAAGCAGUUACCCUUCAACAGGGCUUCAAUCAAGGUUAUAAAGAAGGUGCAGAAGUCAUUAUAAACUAUGGACAACUCAGAGGAACUUUGAGUGCUUUGCUCUCCUGGUGUCACCUUCACGAUAAUAGUUCAGCUUUGAUCAGUGAAAUAAAUAAUCUUCUGGAUGCAGUUGGCCAGUGUGAAGAGUAUGUGCUCAAACAUCUGAAAUCAAUCACUUCACAGCCCCACGUUGUAGAUUUAUUGGACUCCAUUCAGGAUAUGGACCUUUGUCAUGUAGUUCCAGCUGAGAAAAAGAUUGAUGAAGCCAAAGAUGAAAGACUCUGUGAAAAUAAUGCUGAGUUUAACAAAAACUGUGGCAAUAAUCUUAGUGGGGUAGAUUGUUCAUCUUUAGAAUGUUGUGGAACACAGGAGCAUACGCAUUCUGGAAACCCAAGCCUCACUUGGAUUUUAGAACAGACAGCGAGUUUAGUAAAACAGCUGGGAGUAUCAGUAGACAUAUUACAGCACCUCAAACAACUAUGAAAAUUAUCUUAACUUUUCUAAUGAAAAUAAUGUUCAGAACAUUCCUUAGAGCAUUUUGUUUCUUAACAAGUUUACCAAAAUUUGUUCUGGUUUCUACAUUGAACACUUCACUAGCCUUCAUGGAAGUUUGAAUUGUCUUCAGAAUUAGCACUAUUAAAUGUAAUAAAAGCCUUUUUUCUGUCACUUGUAAUUUUUAUGUAGUUUAAGAUAUACGCUCAGAAAUUCUGUUAUUGUCAUUUUCAAAUUUCUGAUCAAAACCAAGCAUUUUCAGACUCGCUAGCAAAAGUGAAUCAAACAUUUUGUAAGGACCUAACCCUACUUUCUGCUCUGUCACCAUCGGUUAGAACCUCAUCUCCAGCUAGUCAGCCCAAAAUUACCAAAAAUAAUGGCUGACAUUGUAAAUAGAUGAACACUCAUAGAUAUAUCUAGAUUGAAAGUAAGAGGCUGUAAGUAUAAGAAACUGAAGAAAUGUUUAUACUGAUGAUUUAAAACAUACUACAAAUACUAAAAUUAGUUUUAAUUUCAUGUUAAUUAAAAGUAAAAACAUAAUUCCUUGAAAAAUAUAGAAAAUACAUUUCAUGCUCAGGUACUAGUUUUUCCAAGUAUUUAGGAGUUAGUAGUGUUGCUAACAAAUGUGCCAGAUUAUUACAUCUAAACUAGUUUUGCUUCAUAUCCACAUAGGAAUAAAACUCUGAAAUCACU